AUGUCCCAUGGUGUCCCAAGACCGCCCUUAGACACUGGUAAUCUCACGACGGGGUCCCGUGACAUCCAAGGGAUGUCUAUCUUCUUCCCUGUCGACGCAUUGGGUCGACGGGUGACAGGCCGACGCACGACAGGUCGAAGCACGACAGACCGACGCACGACAGGCCGACGCCCGACGCACGACAGGCCGACGCCCGGCAGGUCGAAGCACGACAGGCCGACGUACGACACGCCGACGUACGACAGGCCGACACACGACAGGCCGACACACGACAGGCCGACGUACGACACGCCGACGUACGACACGCCGACGCCCGACAGGCCGACGCACGACAGGCCGACGCCCGGCAGGCCGACACACGACAGGCCGACGCACAACAGGCCGACGCCCGACAGGCCGACGCAUUAG